AUGGAUAUCCAUCGUUCGCGCUUCGUUCCUUACCCGGCGGCCGCUAUCAACACCCUUGCCUUCUCCCACUCCGACUCAAAAGACACCGGUAAAGGCGCUGGUAACGUUAGGCUUGCGAUCGGCCGUGCCAACGGCAAUAUCGAAGUUUGGAACCCCGGCAAGGACGCAGAAUGGAUCCAUGAGAUCACACUUAGCGGCGGCAAGGAUCGCAGCGUCGAGGGGCUGGCAUGGACACAAGAGCCGGAUGAGGAGAGCGAGGGCUUCACCUCGGUCGGUCGCUUGCGCCUGUUCAGCAUUGGCUACUCAAGCACCGUAACGGAGUGGGACCUGGUUACCGGGCUGCCUUUGCGCAACUCAAGUGGCAACCACAGUGAGAUCUGGUGCCUUGCAGCACAGCCGCGGUGGAAGGCCGGACAGAAGGCUGUGAGGGAGGGAGAGUUCCGCGGGCAGAACCUGGUGGUUGGAUGCGCUGACGGCUCGCUUGCCGUCCUGUCGACCGACGAGAACGACCUCAGAUUCUCGCGCUUCCUCUCGCGACCGACGGCGAAGAAGGCGCGCGUCCUUAGCGUCACCUACCAGAGCCGCGACAUCGUGGUCGCAGGUUUCGCCGAUAGUGCGAUCAGAAUCUUUGAUUCGAGGAACGGCCAACUCCUGCGGAAAAUCACGCUCGGUGCGCCGUCCGUUGCAGGGCCAAGGGAGAUCCUGGUUUGGGCUGUCAAAUGCUUGCCCAAUGGCGAUAUUGUUUCUGGGGAUUGUUCUGGUGAGGUCCGGUUCUACGACGGCAAGAACUAUUCGCUUCUGCAGAGAAUUUCCUCACAUAAGGAAGAUGUAUUGGCCCUUGCAGUCAGUAGGGAUGGGAAGACCGUGUUCAGCGGUGGCAUGGACCAACGUACCACCGUAUACACCCUGUCUGGCAACGGUCCGGAAAAGAGAUGGUUGGAGAGCGGUCACCGGAAAUUCCACGAGCACGAUCUGAAGACCAUGGCAACAUACGAGAGCAAAGGCCUGAGCAUUUUGGUUUCUGGAGGCCUCGACACUCAUCCCGUCCUUGUCCCGAUCCGCUCCUUCAGCACAGAGCACUCCCGCAAACUGUCUGCCUUGCCUCAAAGUCCCCCAGUUACGAGCGCACCCCGUGCGCGUCUCCUUGUCAGCUGGUGGGAUCGCGAGGUACGAAUCUGGCGUGUCAAGAAACGUGACACCAGCGGUGAGCUGCCCAAACUAGUAGCCCGCUUGGCACUGAAGGGAGAUGAAAACAUAACUUCUGCGUCGAUCUCGGAGGACGGCAGUAUUCUGGCCAUCUCGACUGUCGCGGAAAUUAAGGUUUUCCACCUGUCGUUGCGCAAGGGCGAGACGGACAGGAGCCUCCGCGUGAGGAAACUCGACAGCCCCCCGCUGCCCCAGGAGGGCGGUGCGCGGUUGGUGCAACUGAGCCCAAACGGCAGGUGGCUGGCAAUCAUCACGCACGAAAACGAAAUCUUCUUGGCCCGCCUGACGAACGACGAGGAUGAGCCCAGUAGGUGGAGAAUCGUCCCUCGCGUCGUGGAGCUCCAGCGGUUACACAGAAAACUCGAGUACCAAAAUUCGCUCAACGGUUAUUGGGGCAGCUACGACAGAAUCAUCACCCGCGUUGCACUAUCCAACGAGGUGCUUGUCGUCAGCGACCUUGCAGGGUACCUUGACAGCUGGGUAGUCGAAGGAAACGAAGACAUAACGGCACCUGAAGUAGACUUGCCUGAAAAGGACAAGGCCUCCAAAGAUGCGUCGUCUGACGAUGAUGACGACGACGAAGACGAGGGUGCCAGCCGUCCAGUCAUCUUCUUCGGCCAACACUGGGUACGCAAUCCCGCUGGCCACCUCCUACCGAAACUCGAGUCCGCAGCGCUAGUGCUCUCUUUCCGUCCAACGAAGGAUUCUGAGUCUCAGCCGAACGGCAACCCCGCGGUUCAUCCGACGAGGCACAACCCACACCCUCGCUCGCACACGCUGCCAGGCGGCCAACAUCAGCUGCUCGCGGUCACCGCUUAUCACCAGGUCUACGAAUUUGACGUCCUUGACGGGAAGAUGACGGACUGGUCCAGGCGCAAUCCUACCUCGGAUUUCCCUGCAGAGUUCAGGGGCCAACGAGACCGGGCAAUGGGUUGCUUGUGGGACAUCAAUGACACGCGACAGCGGUUGUGGUUGUACGGCAGCAACUGGUUGUUCAUGUUCGACCUUGCAACCGAUUUUUCGGACGGAUCAUCGGGCUCCGACGGUGCCACAAACGGCGGCGCGGAGUCCCCGCUGAAGAAGCGCAAGCGAGGUCCGGAGGACGCGCUGCUGCUCAGGAAGCACAGCGGCGCAGGCAGCAGGAAGCCGGCGCGGGAAAUUGAGGGAGCGGGGCGGAAGUACCGCAAGAUCAUCGGGGCCGACGCGGCCUCCUGGGUCGACUUGCAGCAAGGGCAAGAGGCCUCCGACGACGACGACGACGAGGCUGACUCCGCAGAGGCCGUUCAAUACGAGGGCUCGAGUGCUCUCGCGACCUUGCGGCGCGGCGUGUCUGAGGGCGGUGACCAGACGAAUGACGAGGCAGACGAGAGUCAGUCUGCCUUGCAGCAGCAGCGCAAGAGCCACUGGCACACGUUCAAGUACCGACCGAUUCUGGGGCUGGUCCCCAUCAGCCACGAUGGCGGUGAGGGCGCUGCAGCCAAGAGCGGGAAGGCGAAGUCGGCCGCAGCAGCCGCUCCGCUGGAAGUGGUGCUGGUGGAGAGGCCAACGUGGGAUCUGGACUUGCCGCCGAAAUUUGUCGGCGUGCACGAGAGAUAG